UGCUGGUUACGUUCUAUGACUAGCCUCGAUGUGCACAAAGUAGUCUUCUAAAUCCCGUUAAUAGCUUUCUAAGGAAUACGAAAGUUAAGCAAUUAUACCAUCAUGUCCUCCAUAAUGCUGCUUCUUGUGAUGCUAUUGUCCAUUGCACUACAACUUACAGCCGUGAACUCCAUAGGAGUGUGUUAUGGCGUGUAUGGAAAUAAUCUACCAAGAAGGCGAGAAGUGAUAGAUUUAUACAAGUCCAAUGGCAUUGGUAGGAUGCGCAUAUACUAUCCAGAUGAAUAUGCCCUUCAAGCCCUUAGAGGUUCAAACAUAGAAGUGUUGCUUGAUGUGGCUAAGGAAACCCUUCCUUCACUUACUAAUCCUGCAAAUGCCAACGCUUGGGUUAGAAAAUUUGUAGCAUCGUACCCAGAUGUUAACAUCAAGUACAUUGCUGUUGGAAAUGAAAUUGGUCCCCAUGACAACGAAGCAAGUUAUAUUCUCCCUGGAAUGCAGAACAUUCAGAAGGCAAUUUCUGCAGCAAAUCUACAAGGCAAAGUUAAGGUCUCUACAGCAAUAAAAAUGGAUCGACUUGAGGACACUUCCCCACCCAAUAAAGGCAAGUUCAAAGACACUGAAUAUAUACAGCCCAUUAUUAACUUCCUUGUCACCAAUAGAGCACCACUUCUUGCUAAUGUGUAUCCCUAUUUUGCCUAUAAAGAAGACACAAAUGGAUUCAUUCCUCUUGACUUUGCGUUGUUCAGACAACAAGCAACAAAUAAUGGGUAUCAAAACCUAUUUGAUGCAAUGCUUGAUUCUAUAUACUAUGCUCUUGAGAAGAUUGGAGCACCAAAUUUGCAGGUCGUUGUGUCUGAAAGUGGGUGGCCUUCAUAUGGAGGUAAAGGAGCUAGUGUCGAUAAUGCAGGCACUUACUAUCAAAAUUUGAUUAAUCACGUCCAACGAGGGACUCCAAAGCGCAAUGGGCUCAUUGAGACUUACUUGUUUGCCAUGUUUGAUGAAAACAAUAAGGAUGGUGACGAAAUUGAGAGGCACUUUGGUUUGUUCAACCCUAAUAAGUCACCCAAAUAUGGAAUCAAAUUUAAUUAAUACUUCUUACAAAAGAAGAAUAAUAAAUACUUUGUCUUGCUUGCUUGGCGGAAGUGUGCCAUGAGCAUGCCCAUGUUUUUUCUUGAUUAAUGUAUUCAACGCUCAAUGUCUCAAAGUUCUAAUAAAAUUUGCGUUCAAUGUUU